GGGGCGGAGGAACGCUAGGAGCGGCGGCCGGGGUUCAGCGGGAUGCUCACAGGCUUCUGCUUCUCUUGCCAGCGCUGUGGGGCCGGGACAGCAGGACCCGCCACGGGCGCCCCUCCGGCGGCCCCUCCGGCGCGGGCCCGCCACGCCCGGCCGAGAGUGAGUGACAGCGGGCGGCGUCCCGCCCCCGCGCGCCCAGCUGUCAGUUACCCCGCGCGCUCCCGCCGCUCCCCGCGGGGCUCGGCGCCCAGCGCGGACUCGCUGGUUUGUUUCUGCAGGAGCGUCAGGAGAGGCCCGAGCCGAGACCAUGCCUGGGAAGCUGAAGGUGAAAAUCGUGGCCGGGCGCCAUUUGCCAGUGAUGGACCGAGCUAGUGACCUGACUGAUGCCUUCGUGGAGGUAAAAUUUGGUAAUACCACCUUUAAAACAGAUGUGUAUCUCAAGUCCCUCAACCCUCAGUGGAACUCAGAAUGGUUUAAAUUUGAGGUGGAUGAUGAAGAUUUACAAGAUGAACCUCUACAGAUCACAGUUCUUGACCAUGAUACUUAUAGUGCAAAUGAUGCCAUUGGUAAAGUGUACAUUGAUAUUGAUCCUUUACUCUACAGUGAAGCUGCAACAGUCAUCUCAGGAUGGUUUCCAAUUUAUGAUACCAUACAUGGUAUUCGUGGGGAAAUCAAUGUAGUUGUCAAAGUAGACCUCUUCAAUGAUUUAAAUCGAUUUAGGCAGUCAUCAUGUGGAGUCAAAUUCUUUUGCACAACAUCUAUUCCAAAGUGUUAUAGAGCUGUAAUAAUUCAUGGAUUUGUAGAAGAACUUGUGGUCAAUGAAGACCCAGAAUAUCAGUGGAUUGAUCGAAUUCGCACACCAAGGGCAUCAAAUGAGGCCCGACAGAGACUCAUUUCUUUAAUGUCAGGAGAAUUGCAGAGGAAGAUUGGCUUGAAAGUACUUGAAAUGAGAGGAAAUGCGGUUGUUGGGUACUUACAGUGUUUUGAUCUGGAAGGCGAAUCUGGUUUAGUGGUACGAGCCAUAGGGACAGCGUGUACACUGGAUAAAUUAAGUAGCCCAGCAGCAUUCCUUCCUGCAUGUAAUUCCCCAUCCAAAGACAUGAAGGAGAUUCCCUUCAAUGAAGAUCCCAACCCCAAUACUCACUCAUCAGGACCCUCCACCCCUCUGAAAAACCAAACUUAUUCCUUUUCACCUUCCAAGUCCUACAGCCGACAGUCCUCUUCUUCUGACACAGAUUUGAGUUUGACACCCAAAACUGCACCUUACCCACAGAGUCAAGGGAUUUUCCUGUAUCCCAGCUCCCCCUCUCUCUCUUGUGGUUCCCUUCAUCUUAAAAAGUCCUGUCUCCUCCUCUCGGAAUCUAGCCUUUCCCCUCAUCAUUCUAGCCUUGUCAGCCCAGUUCUGAGGAAAAGUGUUUCUUUCAGUGACGAGCUGUUCCUGGCUGCUUCUGGAAUGGGAAGUGGUAGUGCUGGAAAAGAAGGGGGGCCAUUUAAAGCUCUUUUAAGACAACAGACGCAGUCAGCAUUGGAACAGAGGGAAUUUCCAUUUUUUACCUUGACGGCAUUUCCUCCUGGAUUUCUUGUGCACGUUGGAGGUGUUGUUAGUGCACGCUCUGUGAAGCUUUUGGAUCGUAUCCACAAUCCUGAUGAACCAGAAACUCGAGAUGCGUGGUGGGCAGAAAUCAGACAAGAAAUAAAGUCACAUGCUAAAGCAUUAGGCUGUCAUGCUGUAGUGGGCUACAGUGAAUCAACUAGCAUCUGUGAAGAGGUCUGUAUUUUAUCUGCAUCUGGCACAGCAGCUGUACUGAACCCUAGAUUUCUGCAGGAUGGCACCGUGGAGAGCUGUUUGGAACAGAGGCUAGAAGAAAAUUUGCCUGCAGGCUGUGGAUUUUGCCAUAUACCAUAUGAUGAACUGAAUAUGCCAUUUCCAGCUCAUCUCACAUAUUGCUAUAACUGCAGGAAACAAAAAGUUCCUGAUGUUCUCUUUACAACUAUAGACCUCCCAAUAGAUGCUACAGUUAUUGGAAAAGGUUGUCUUAUUCAAGCAAGGUUAUGUCGUUUAAAAAAGAAAGCACAGGCAGAAGCAAAUGCCACAGCUAUCAGUAAUCUGUUGCCAUUUAUGGAAUACGAAGUGCAUACUCAGCUAAUGAAUAAACUAAAACUCAAAGGAAUGAAUGCUUUAUUUGGACUGAGAAUUCAGAUCACAGUGGGUGAAAAUAUGUUGAUGGGCUUAGCGUCGGCCACAGGUGUAUAUUUAGCAGCAUUACCACUGCCUGGUGGAAUUCAGAUUGCUGGGAAGACUCCUAAUGAUGGCUCCUACGAACAGCAUGUAUCUCAUAUGCAAAAGAAGAUAAAUGACACGAUCGCUAAGAAUAAAGAGCUAUAUGAAAUCAAUCCUCCAGAGAUAUCUGAAGAGAUUAUAGGAUCACCCAUCCCAGAACCUCGACAACGUUCAAGACUCUUAAGAUCUCAAUCAGAAAGUUCUGAUGAAGUUACAGAAUUGGACCUUUCACAUGGGAAAAAAGAUGCUUUUGUUUUGGAGAUUGAUGACACAGAUGCUAUGGAAGAUGUACAUUCUCUCCUUACUGAUGUUCCUCCUCCUUCAGGCUUUUAUAGUUGUAAUACAGAAAUUAUGCCUGGCAUAAAUAAUUGGACAUCUGAAAUACAGAUGUUCACAUCAGUAAGAGUAAUCCGAUUAAGCAGUCUUAACCUGACUAAUCAAGCCCUCAAUAAGAACUUUAAUGAUCUCUGUGAAAAUUUGCUCAAGAGCCUGUAUUUUAAACUACGGUCUAUGAUCCCUUGCUGCCUUUGCCAUGUAAAUUUUACAGUAUCUCUUCCUGAAGAUGAAUUAAUUCAGGUUACAGUCACAGCCGUUGCAAUAACUUUUGACAAAAAUCAGGCUUUACAGACAACAAAAACACAGGUUGAAAAGUCAUUGCAAAGAGCCUCUACAGAUAAUGAAGAACUUCUGCAGUUUCCACUGGAACUCUGUUCAGAUUCACUUCCUUCUCAUCCUUUUCCACCAGCUAAAGAACACCUGGAGAGUGCAAGUUCUAACUCAGGUAUACCAGCUGCACAGAGAGCAACGUCAGUUGAUUACAGUUCCUUUGCAGACAGAUGCAGCAGCUGGAUAGAGCUCAUUAAACUGAAAGCUCAGACCAUAAGGCGCGGAUCAAUUAAGACAACCGUGACAGUUGAAAAAGCAAGUCCAAUGAAUGAAGGAAAUUUCCGGAAUCGUUCUGCUCCACCUUGUGCAAAUUCUACAGUUGGGGUUGUUAAGAUGACACCUCUUUCUUUCAUUCCUGGAGCAAAAAUAACGAAAUAUCUUGGGAUAAUUAACAUGUUUUUCAUUCGGGAAACCACUUCUCUACGUGAGGAAGGAGGAGUUAGUGGUUUUCUUCAUGCUUUUGUCGCUGAGGUGUUUGCAAUGGUGAGAGCUCAUGUUGCUGCAUUAGGAGGGAAUGCUGUUGUCUCCUACAUCAUGAAGCAGUGUGUCUUCAUGGAGAAUCCAAAUAAGAACCAGGCACAGUGUCUUAUAAAUGUAAGUGGUGAUGCAGUGGUUUUUGUCCAUGAAUCUGAAUUAGAAGUAGUAUCAUCUCAGCCACCUACUGCCAACUGUCAGUCGUCGUGUCCUGGAGGAGACGUUACAACCUGAAGUAAAUUAGAAAGAAAGAGUUCAGCUACGUGACAUUUAUCUGUCUCCAUCAUUUUGUCAUUAUCUUCCUAGACUUCUUAAAAAGUUGAAUUUGAUCUGAGAUAAUUCAAAAAGAAUUGAUACAUUAUGAGUAGAUUUGAUUUGUCUAGAAUCUCUUGGAAGCAUGGGAAUUUUCUAACCUUGACAUUUUGUUUGCCAAGCCUAGAUAGACAGGCCCCAUGGAAUCUUGACCCUUGAGUAAGUUAAAUUUCUCAGAGAACUGUAGGUGGAUCAUAUUUGUAAUUUUUGUUGAUUUUAGUAAAAUCAUAAUUUACAAAAUGAAAUGGGAAGAUCAUCAGGAAACUAAGAUAGCUGCCCUAGUGUAACUUCAGAAAGUUAAGCAACAGAUUCACAAAUGAUUAAUGAAGAAAUGGUCUGAUUUGAGGGAUGUGUGGGAAAAUGGAGAAAAGUUUUCAGAAAAUGAUGUGGGUUUCUUAAUGCAUUUUAUUUUGAUGAGGAAUUUGAUCACAACUGAAGGGGAGCAGUGCUUCGGCCAUCUUUUAAAAAGAAGUUCCAAUUCCACUGCUUGUAUCCAUAUGUCUUAGCUACUGGGAAAGAAGACAGAAUAUCAGUGCCUGUGUCCUUUUAUUGAAAGUUUUAAUGAUAUCUCUGAGGAAAGAGGAAAAUAAAUUACUAUUUAACUUUAUAAGUGUCCCAUUUCAGUUGGUGCUUAAUUUGUCUAGAAGAGGUUUGGCUUCACCAGGGAAAAAAAGGUCAGUGAAUUUUGUUGAAAUAGUUAAAAUAUAAUUGAUCUAAUAGGAACAUAAAAUUAUUUUCUAAUAAAAUAAUAAUGCACUUCUACCAAAUAGAAUUUUAGUAAUGUCUUAGGGACUUUUGAUGGUGAAUUAGAUUGUAUUUGGCAUAGAAUUUGGAAAUGUAACUUGAAUGUAAAUAUGCUGCAAAAUGUUGAAUGUAUACAUAGGGAUACUUUUUCUGUCAAUGCCAAAUACCUGUUUUAAAUGAACCUUAAAAAGUACACUCUUCCUUUGCACAAUCAAAUUUCUUUAUAAAACUCAUGAUUUUGCUCUUCCAGGAUAACAAACUGCCCUAAAGAUUAGGAGUCAUUUUCUUGUUAUCACAGGUGUCAAUAUUUUUCUGUAUUUUGUUUAUAAUUUUUAUUUUUAAAUAAAAUGUUUAUAAAGAUACUGGAA